AUGGGAGUGAAGGAAAUAUAUUCCGAUAUGAUGAUGGAUUGUUUCGGACUCGUGUUAUCUCAUCUAGAUGGCAAGCCUACAGAGCGUUUAGUAUGUGCCACGUGUGUGAUACGACUCCGCGAAGCGUUUGCUUUCAGACAACAGGUGCUACGCUGUGAAGAGGCCUUCUUGCAGAUGAGGAUGUGUGAUGCAGAAAGCGAGGAGCGUCGUUUGGCCACAGACGGUGAGAACCUGAUGAAAACAGAGGUUAAACUGGAACCCAGCGAUGAGUCGUCCCAGUCGCCGCGAUCACCGCUUUGCGACGCUUUAGCCGAUGAUAAUAAUUACGAUCCAACCCGUGAAGAGGACGACUCUUCGAAUGAUGACUUACCACUCUUGCCACGAAGGACUUUGAAAGCUGCUGACUCUGUACAACAUAAAGAGGCAAUGGACGUAGUUUCUGAUCCACCCGUGGCAACUAUCUUACCUAAAAAGGAAGCAGAAAGCAAUGAAGUUAAAAGGCCACAAUCAAGAUUGUCGGAGAAAAAUGUGAAUGGGUCGGCAGUGGUGCCUUUGGUCCGACAAAUGCUAAAACAAAAUCUUCCAAUGUCUAAAGUGCAGCAGUUGAUGAGGGAAAGGGAUCCGUCUUACAUGACGGAAACAAACAUACUAACUAUCGUAGAGUUCUCCUACGUCUGCCCUUUCAAAUGCAGGCACAAUCACUUACUCUGCUACUACUGUGGAGCAAAUUUCCCUGAUCCUCACUUAUUGAGGCAACACACAGCCAACUCCCAUCAUCCGAAGAAGUUCAAAGUGAUAGAGCACAAGAAUAUGAUAAAAGUGGACCUAACAAGGAUAGACUGCAGACUGUGCUCCGCUAAAAUCGACAAUCUCGAAGACUUCAAAAACCAUAUAACAAGUGUCCACGACAAAAGAUACUACUUUGAUCAUAAAGAUUCAGUGUUACCGUUCCGUUUGACCAAGGACGAGUUGAAGUGUGCAAUAUGUCACAUCACCUUUCCGUAUUUCCACGCAUUGAACAAGCAUAUGAACGAGCAUUUCAGUAAUUAUGUGUGUGAAACUUGUGGGUUAGGUUUUGUUGAUAAGGGUCGUUUCGUGAUGCACCAGCAAAGGCAUGAAGAGGGUGACUUCCCUUGUGAGACAUGUGGGAAAGCGUUCAAAGCGCAGUAUAACAGAGACUUACAUGUGGACAGGGUGCAUAAGAAACGAGCAAGGGUGUAUUGCCCGAAGUGUGAUAUUCGGUUGAUGACAUAUCAGCAGAAGUUGAAACAUUUGGUUGAAGUGCACGGGGAGGAGCCACUAAGUUUUCCGUGCAACUUGUGUGACAGAGUUUGUGAGACACGGCGAUCCCUGACCAUUCAUCGGAGGAAGGAUCAUUUAAAAGAUUACAGGUACGAAUGUAAUUGUUGUGGGCACAAGUUCUUCACACGCUUCGCUCUCAACAACCACAUGCCUACUCACACCGGGGAACGGAACUUCAAAUGCAAGGUGUGCGAGAAAUCAUAUCCUCGCCUUAAGACUCUCAAAGACCAUCUCCGGAUCCACACAAACGACAGACGUUACCGUUGCCAUGUCUGCGGGCAGGCCUUUAUACAGAACUGCAGUCUCAAAGGGCACAUGAAGAGCCAGCACCCUGAAUAUGGAUAG